CAGCACAGAACAUCCAUUAAAAAAGCGUCGAUCUUUGAAAUAAUGACGAUCGAACUCAGAGCGACUCAGAGCAAGGUCCACUCUGUGACCGUUUUCCAAGCAGACCGCGCGGAGGUUACUCGCCUGUUCACAGUAGACCUUAAGGCAGGCCAAAACGAAGUGGACAUCUCUCAGCUCCCCACAGUCUUGGACGAGGACUCCAUCCGUGUGGACGGAAUUGGUCACAAUGCAAUCAUUUCCGAUGUCAUUUAUCAUCCUCCAAAGUCCAACGACUCUGACAAGAAACACGAGGAAGCGGUCAAAGAAUUGCAGCGCGAGAGAAAAGCGCUCGAACAACAGCUUGAAGUCUUCAAUAAGCAAGCGGAAAUAUUGCAGAAAUACUCCGAUACGUUGAAAGGCGCAGAUACGACGGGAGCUCAACUCAACGAAUUUCUGGAUCUGUACGCCGAACGACAAAGCGGAAUUGACGUAAAGUCGACGGAAAUAAACGACAAGAUCGCAGAAGUAGAUAAAAAGAUCAAGAGAGAAAGGGAGAUAUGGGAUGCAGAUACAGAAGGCAAGAAGAGGGCGGUGAGGAUUACAGUGAUCGUGUACGCGGAGGAGGAUGGGACAGCGGAAAUAUCCCUAACCUAUCGUGAGCGAGAGAUUCCUCAGUUUCGAGUAUAUCAACCUGACACACCUUAUACAGUGGUAUCGAACGCGUCAUGGACACCCCUAUAUGAUCUCCGGGCGGCGAUAUCUCCCAAUAAGACGGACAUUACUUUACAAUAUCGAGCGACUAUCGUCCAAAGUACGGGAGAGGAUUGGAAAGAAGUAUAUUUGACGCUCUCUACCGCCUCUCCUCAAUUAGGAAGCGCGAUUCCCAAGCUUUCUCCUCAGUGGCUCAACCCCAUUGUCCAAUACUAUGCGAAGAAUUUAAAGAAGGGUGGCUUUGGUAGAGGAAGCAACAUUGCCCCUUCGCCUUCAAUGAAUCAAAUGCCUGCUCCGGGGGGUGUGGGUGUUGCAUUGUCUAGUUUAUCCUAUGACGCCUACGGAGGUGAAGGGGGAAGUACUCUUGGAGCUGCAUUUGCAGUUCCUGAAGCUCUCGCUAUCGAAGGCACCAUUUCAACUUCUUAUAUCAUAGAGGGUCUCUCAACGAUCCCAAGCGACACUGACCUAACUGCCCAGGCCCAUAAAGUUACCGUGGCGGUCGUGGAUCUUGCUGCGGACCUGGAAUGGAUCACUGUUCCGAAAGAUACACCCAGUGCAUUCCUUCAAGCCAAGGUCAAGAAUACGAGUCAAUACCUAUUCCUACCAGGGAGGGCAAACAUCUUCCUUGACGAUAAUUUCGUUGCCAAGUCUGCAAUCGAUCACGUCAGCCCGGGCGAGACCUUCCACUGUUCUCUGGGUGUGGACCCUCAAGUCAAGCUGACUUACCACCCUCGAACAAAGAAAGCACGCAGUCAGGGUGGACUUCUUACCACAAGGACGACAUCCUUCGCAUAUCACCAAAAAAUCACCAUCAAGAACACUCGAACCACCACCAUCAAACGGCUCGUCGUGCGCGAUCAGAUACCGGUCUCCGGGGACCAAAGGAUCAAGGUGGCUCUUGUCGAGCCUUCUCAAAUCGAGUUUGCAGGAAGAAACACUAUCGGUGGUUCUACUGGUGGCUCGCUCUCGAAAUUGUCCAGUGCCGGCGAAAAACUAAUGAUUCCCAAAGAAACCAAGAUCUCGAAGAGUGUCAGCGUCAGAUGGAAGGUCGCAGAUGAAGAUGAGUUGGCAGCAGAAGGAUUGGAUAGUACGAGUGGGCUUGCUGGAGCGGAUGGGGCCAGAGAAGGGAUGUUGGAAUGGAUAUGCGAGAUUUCGAAUGGCCAAUCAGUGGACCUUACUCUCGCUUGGGAA